AUGCCUAGAAAGAAAAAGCGUCUACUGUUCGUGAAACGAAAAAAUCAUACUGGUGUGAAUAAUUCUGGUAUCAGAAAAAUGAAUUCUAAACAACCAGUAGUGCGCGUUGUUGAUUUUCUUUCCAAUCCGUUCAAUAUUCCAUUUAAUAUCAAAGAUUAUAUCAUUGUUGACACAACUAUUGAUGAUGAAUUGAUGAACAAUAACAAUUCUACGAUAAUCAAUUCUGAAAAUCGUCUUGAUGAAAAAAAUACUAUGACUGUCGAGGAUGCAUCAAAAUUCAAACAAAAAUCUCAACCGGAUAGUGCGACAUCGCUGAAUGAAUUAUUUAGUGUCAAGAAAACGCUGAACCGUCUACCACACACUGAAAAUACCCAAACUAACAAUCAUGUUGAACUGAACGGAAUGGAAAAGAAUAUCAAUGAAAAAGAACAUAUUUCCAUCAAGAAAACAAUAUUGAAAAUUAAUCAAGGUGAUAAUGGUAGAAUUAUUGAUAAUAAUGAGACCGCAUUUAAAAGUAAUAGUUAUAUUUAUAAAGGAUGUUUUGAUGUAAUAGAAAAAGUAGCAUCAGAAUGGUAUGAUAAAUUCGAAAAUGAUAUCAUUAAAACAUUUAAUAUAAAGAAAGUCGAUGAUGAAAUAUUCCGUGACAAACAUUUGUUUCUUGAUUGGGUAAGAAAAAAGUUAGAAAAUUAUGUUGUUAAAGUAGCUGAUACACAAUCUUUAACCAAUACCAAUCAGAUCGAAGAAUUUAUAUACAAAAUAAAAAGUCGAAUGGAACCAUACAUUGCUGAUACAAAUAUUUUAGACGAUAUACUUAAUAUAUUACGAGAACAACUCAAUUACCUCCAUUCUGAAGUUCAAUGUCAUUCGAAGAUGCAUUACACAAUACUACCAAUUAUUCAGCACGUUUAUCCGAGCUUAAAAUAUUGGAGUGAUUUUACAAACAAAUUAGCUGUAUUAAAAGAUGCUGCAUUUCAGAAAUUCAAUCAACAACAACAGAAGCAAAUUACUUAUGAAGAUAUAUAUGAAGAUGAAGAUAUUCAGAAAUUUGUUUCAAAAAUUAAUAAAGAGCUACCAAAUGGCGUCCAUAUAUUGUCAUUUCAAGAAAUGAUUAAACAACGAAAUCUUGAAAUUCAUGUUGGUUAUACCGACAUAAUAGAUCAGCGAAAUUUAUUAAACAAAUGUAAACAGUUUGAUUUUGAUGACUAUAGAUAUGGCACAAUGAUCAGAACAAUAUUGUCCCAACUGGAAAUAAAAGAAAAAAAUCAUGAACUAAAAUCUAUUAGAUGA